GAGCGCGCGACUCCGGUCGCCAUUUUGUUUUGGAACGAGCGAAGGAGGUAGCCCGAGCAGCGCGAGCGGUUCCCGCCAGGCGCCCGCCCCGGACCGAGACCCCCGACGCUGACCCGCCUGAGGUGCCAUGAUUCACAACAGAGUGAGAGUACUAGGAAAGAAGAGCUGAAGAUAUAGCAUACAUUGAGACACAGGCUAACUGGAAAAAAUUAACCUGUCUCUGAGGUGACUAAAGGGGAAUAAUGGUGAUUUUGCGCCGGGCUCGGCCGCCUGCUUCCGCCCCAACCAGCAAUGAAUCUUGACUCGCUCUCGCUGGCCUUGUCUCAAAUCAGCUACCUGGUGGACAAUUUAACCAAGAAAAACUACCGAGCCAGCCAGCAGGAAAUACAGCAUAUUGUGAAUCGGCACGGUCCCGAGGCAGACAGGCAUUUACUACGCUGUCUAUUCUCGCAUGUGGAUUUCAGUGGCGAUGGUAAAAGCAGCGGCAAAGAUUUCCACCAGACUCAGUUUCUGAUCCAGGAGUGUGCGUCAUUGAUUACAAAGCCAAACUUUAUUUCGACGCUGUCCUAUGCUAUUGAAAAUCCAUUGCACUAUCAGAAGAGUCUUAAGCCAUCACCCCAUUUAUUCACCCAACUGAGCAAAGUUAUCAAAUUAAGCAAAGUUCAAGAGGUUAUUUUUGGCCUUGCUUUGCUGAACUCCUUCAACCCAGAUCUACGAGGAUUUGCUGCUCAGUUUAUUAAACAAAAACUUCCUGAUCUUCUGCGUUCAUAUAUCGACGCAGACGUCAGUGGAAAUCAAGAAGGUGGCUUCCAAGAUAUCGCAAUAGAGGUCUUGCACCUCCUCCUCUCCCAUCUUCUGUUUGGACAGAAGGGAGCUUUUGGGGUUGGACAGGAGCAAAUUGACGCUUUUCUCAAAACAUUACGUAGAGAUUUUCCCCAGGAACGUUGCCCCGUGGUGCUUGCACCACUCCUAUACCCUGAAAAACGGGACAUUCUAAUGGACAGGAUCCUGCCUGAUUCUGGAGGGAUAGCGAAAACAAUGAUGGAGAGUUCUCUUGCAGACUUCAUGCAGGAAGUUGGCUAUGGCUUUUGUACAAGUGUGGAAGAAUGUCGCAACAUUAUUACACAGUUUGGAGUUGGAGAGGUCACAGCUGCCCAGGUUGCCAGGGUUUUGGGAAUGAUGGCUCGGACGCACUCAGGAUUGGCAGAUGGUAUUCCUUUACAGGUGAGUAUCCAGAAUGGUCAGUGGUGCUGUGGCAUAACUUGAAUUUAACUGAGCUAAACGCCACAGGGAGUUUUGGUAUUAUUUUUACUCCUUUGAUAUUAUACAAACUGAGUUACGUGCCAGAUGACUUCAGGUGGGGAUUUUGCAGCAGCAAAUGGUGCCUGAUCUGUAAAGCUCCCAGUGCAAAUCCUGUGGCAACCUGGCAUUCGAGCUUCCUGCGCUUAGGCGGCCCUCUGGUCAAGGUUUCUGCUGGCUCAGCUGGGUUCCAGGGUCCCACCGUCAGUGCUGGGACCCUCUGCCAGUUACCAAAGGAGCCACUGGUGUUCCUUACUGCCGCAGAGGCUGCUACUUUCGUAUAUCAAUGAUGUGCAGUAGAACAAGGGUUCUGAAACUUUCUGCCCAUCGGAGUCCAUUUGAGAAGGCUGAAAAUUACUCUCACAAAAACUAGUGUGAAGGCAGAGCCAGUCACAAAAUGAGGUGGCUGGAGGUGGAGUGUGGCUUGAUCAGUGGGCAGUUACUGACAUAAUAUUCAUUUGAGAUUGAUUGAUCAGUUGCUCUCUGAAUAAUCAGACUGGUUAUCUUUUGACUUCCUAUUUAGCAUUCCAAUCCCCCAUGAUGAUAAGGACGUCAUUUUUUGGUGUCAAUUCUAGAAGGUGUUGUAGGCCUUCAUAGAA